AUGGCAAGCAAGCGGUGGAUGUCAUACCCAAGACGGACACCAGAGAUGUGGGACGGUUAUGGCAAGCAAGCGGUGGAUGUCAUACCCAAGACGGACACCCGAGAUGUAGAGAUAAGGAGGCACGUUAAAGUGAAAAGGGCCAACUGGGAUAAUAUGAUAUCACAUCCCAAGUUUCUCCAAAAAGGGGACCUCGUCGUCCACAUGCGUGGAGACGGGGUCAAAGAGACUGCAACGGUUGUAGAAAACGAUCCCUUUAGGGGAGUCACUUUCGCACAGAGUAUCAAGGGGUACAAGUACCAGCAACACAUGCAGGAGCACGAGGCCACCGUGACCCUCAGAUGCACGUAUUGCUCAUAUGAGACAGAGGGGAGAUCGGAGAUGACCAGGCAUUUCGGGAGGAUGCACAAUAGUAGAAAACAAGAGGCAAAGUAUAUAAACUACACUGCAGCGACGACGGGACACCUGAGGAAGCGUGAAGGAGAGAGGAGAAGGCACAAGUGGGAGGAAGAAAAGAAGACAGAAAGGGAGAGCAAGGAAAGGAAAGAAGAUAAAGAUGACAGGAAGGAAAGAAAGCGUGGAGGAGAGGACAGGAAGGAAAAGAAGAAAGAGGAGGUAGAGGAGAAGGACAGGAAAAGAGAAACGGAUUAUUCCGAGCAACCUCGAGAUAGAAUUAGAGAUGCACAUGAAAUGGCUAGAGAGAAACUUGAGUUAGCUGCUGAAAAGCAGGCUAUAUCUUAUGAUCGUAAUACUUUCCCAAGAAGAUUUGCUGAGGGUGAUUGGAUGCCUUAUUUGUACUGUCACAUUUGUAAAAAGAGUAUCAAGGGAUACAAGUACCAGCAACACAUGCAGGAGCACGAGGCCACCAUGACCCUCAGAUGCACGUAUUGCUCAUAUGAGACAGAGGGGAGGUCGGAGAUGACCAGGCAUUUUGGGAGGAUGCACAAUAGUAGGAAACAAGAGGCGAAGUAUAUAAACUACACUGCAGCGACGGCGGGACACCUGAGGAAGCGUGAAGGAGAGAGGAGAAGGGACAAGUGGGAGGAAGAAAAGAAGACAGAAAGGGAGAGCAAGGAAAGGAAGGAAGAUAAAGAUGAAAGGAAGGAAAGAAAGCGUGAAGGAGAGGACAGGAAGGAAAAGAAGAAAGAGGAGGUACAGGAGAAGGACAGGAAGAAAGAGAGAAACGGAUUAUUCCGAGUAACUUCGAGAUAG